AUGGAGGAGUCAUGCCAAGCUUCUAGAAUGCCACCAGGCUGGGUGAGAGUGGUGAGACAGCGGAAAACUGGAAAGACAGCUGGUAAAAUGGACGUCUAUAUAACAAGUCCCCAGGGACAGAGGUUUCGGUCCAGGGUAUCUCUUCAAGCCUUUCUCCUCCAAGAUGAAGGAAGAGAUUUACACAUGGAACACUUUGACUUCUCCACCAAGGGUGGCGGUGCAGAAACCCCUCUUUCCCUGGCCUGUCAGGAGGGACAGAAGAAGGAAACCAGACAGAAGGAGAGACGGGGGAAACUGUCAAACAGCAGAAAACAAGCCCCCUCAUCCACAUCCUGUAGGCAGAGGACCAGACACAGAGACCAAAUCACCAUUCUUACCCAGCAGUCUUCUGACACAGCUCCCUUCGUCAGGGACACACAUCACAGAGAUGCAACAAGGAGUUGCACAGACGCUGGUAUUCCGCCACCUGACAUCCACAAAGACGUCCCUCAGAGAAACACUCAUAACUUAUCUAGCAAGGAUAAGGAUGGCAGUUAUUCAGCUGACAAGGGCCCAUCAGCAACUGAGGAUGUCAUCCUGGAGAGCAGUCCUCAAAGGAAAGGACUGCUGAGGGAGAAGCUACUGAGACUGGCCCAGCCUGCUGACCCACUAGAUCCUUCUAUUGGCCAACAGGAGAAACUUAUAGUUUCUCAGCUUCCUGCUCCAGUAGUGACGAUUCAGUCAGCCACUGAGAGUGAGGGGGAAGAUGAGGGCUUGGCUGAGGGGAAGGAGGUUAGGAAGCCUGAUGCUAAGGGUGAGGUUAUGGGCGACUUGGAAACAGAGGUGCCGGAACAGGUGGAGCUGUUGUCAUCUCCUGAGACCACUGGAGGGAGCCCUACACUCGUGAUAGAUUCCAGUAGAAAAUCAAAGUGGUCGGUAGACAAACGGAAGACUAGUCCUUACUUCAGCAGGAAGGCACUAAAAGAGGGUCUGAGUCCCCCCAGGAGAAAAGCAUUGAAGAAGUGGAUCCCCCCUCGCUCCCCCUUUAACUUGGUACAAGAGACCCUAUUUCAUCAUCCUUGGAAACUUCUGGUGGCCGCCAUCUUCCUCAACAAGACCACCGGUAAAAUGGCCAUCCCAGUGCUGUGGCAGUUCUUUGAACAGUACCCGUCAGCAGAGGUGGCCCGGGGGGCUGACUGGAAGCCCCUGGCUGGGCUGCUCCGGCCUCUGGGCUUGUAUGAGCUCCGAGCCAAAACCAUCAUCAGGUUCUCUGAUGAGUACCUGACUAAGAAGUGGCGUUACCCCAUAGAGCUCCAUGGCAUUGGAAAGUAUGGCAAUGACUCCUACAGGAUAUUCUGCGUGGAGGAAUGGAGACAGGUGACUCCCCAGGAUCACAAGUUGAACAAGUAUCACACUUGGCUGCAGGAGAACUAUGAAAGUCUAGGCAUUUAACAUGUCUACAACAAGUCUGCCAAACCACAGGAUCCAUCUUCCUAAUUUUCCAGCUAAACCUGUUCUAUCAAAAAGGGUGGACCUUGCUCACAACAAGCCCACAAACCUGCCAUUCUGGAACCCAGACAUUUGAAUACUACGUGCAGUGAUCCUCGUACAUCAUGCUAUGUGUUUUUUAUUUUAAAUAAAAUGGUUUGUUUUAUAUACUUUAA